AUGAUAGUUGCUUUGAAUGUAAAUUUCAGUACGAUUAAUAUUAUAUUGAUUGUUGGAAAGGAAUUUUUAAAGAAUAUCCUGAAGGAAUGCAUUUACUCGACCUAAUUUUUUAACCUAUCUGUGGAGAUGGAUUUCUUCUUCUUUAAAUUGAAUAAUGUGAUGAUGGAAAUAGAGUAUAUAUUAAUGGAUGCAAUUGAUAAUGCAAAAUUGAAAAGGAUUGGAUAAGUAAUACUAAUUAAAAUUUAUUCUCAAUUUUGCUACCUUAUUCUCAUGAAUUUUAUGAUAUUUAAGUUUUAUUUGCAUAAUAAGUUGAAUUCUCUCUACAAAAUAAACAAAAUAUAAGUAAACAUAUUCAAACCUAGCAUUUAAAAUCUAGGUAAUGAUAAGUAUAAUAUUUAAAUGACUCAUCAAAAUGAAGUCUCUCAUGAUCAAGUCAUAGAUUUGGCUCUUUAAUUUAAGGUUCUUUAUUUAACCCCUAUAGAAAAACCUGUAUUUUAAAUUGAAUUUUAUAAUGAUCUAAUCCUCUCAGAACUAAAUUAUCCUCUUAUAAAAAGCCAGGGUAGUAUUUAACUGUAAACUCAAAUAGUUCUAUCUCCUGAUUAAGUGCUUAUAGCCUAAUAGUGUUCAAACUUUAAUGAUGCAAUUAUAAUAUCUCUUGGAACUUUAAUUUGUUUAUUGUUUAUUGGCAAACUAAUCUGA